UAUCGCUGUUGCAAAGCAUUUCUAUGCAAACAAAUCGAGAUAUUGGUUGUAUCGCUGUAUAUAUGAAGUCGUGUUGUUGUAUAGCAAAAGGCACUCGUAUUUUGUUUCAGUACGUGAUUUAUACGACACUCAUAUGUAGUCUCAAUACAGACAUUGCAUUCACUGCUAUUCCCAACACAUCACUAAAUCGUGUGAAUCGGCGAUGAGCAAGGUGAUUUGGUCAUUUGGUGUUAGCCAUAUCAUAUAAUCAGAUCAGAUGUAAUCAAUUCAAUUGUCAAUUAUAGUCAACGAAAUAUAUAUUUAUUUUUGCAAUUUAUGGGCUAAACGUCGGGUUUUGAGUUUUCAAUUCAACAUUCAAUUAGUAUUAAGCAAUGGAUCCGUCGGUCAAACAGUUUUAUUUGGGAGACGAAGACGUGUUGCCGACACUGGCGUCGGUCGAGAUCGUGGUCGACGAGUGCACACCCGGUGUCGGCUCCGGACCCGACCAUCCCUUCCCCACACCCGAAGACACGGCCAGUGGUUACGUUUACACCGAUUGCCAAACGUAUUGCUUCUAUAACAACGACUGUCUGAACGGUGCCAUCACUCCGGAGUCCAAGAACUCGUCCAACGCGUCCCUAAUAUCGUCCAACAGUACGGCUAAAGAGGGUAUAGACUUCACGGCUCUCCAGACGAUUGUGGAGAGCGCUAUACCGCCGAAGGGCGGCGACGGUGACGGCCUGUCGUCGGUGUCGGGCGUCUGUAUUCAUCGCGAAGAGGCCUUACUGUCAACGAGUGUCCAAAUAUUCAUCGCGUUUAUCAUCGCGGGCUUCGGUAACGUCGGCGCCGGUCUUAUUCUGGACAACGUUCAGAAUUGGACGGUCUUUGUGUCCAUAAGCGAAAUGUUUGUUUUGGUGCCGUCGCUGUUGGGCCUGAAGGGCAACCUCGAGAUGACAAUGGCUGCCCGACUCUCCACUCACGCCAACUUAGGCAAUAUGCAGAACUGGAAGCAGACCCUCAAACUCGCCAAAGGCAACAUCGCUCUCGUCCAAUGUCAGGCCACUAUCGUCUCCGCAUUGGCCGCCAUUAUUGCCAUCAUUUGGAGCUCAUUCGGGAAGGGAAUCAUUUUAAACAACUGCCUGACUCUUUUGGCCAGCAGUUUAAUUACGGCUAACGUCGCCUGUUUUGCACUCGUUAUUCCCAGAAAAAUCAGAACUCAUAUACAGGAAAGGGCUUCCAUUGAAUUAAACAUAGAGUAG